ACUGUUGCAUACGCACAGGCCAGAGCCAAGUGCCAGUGGCAGAAGUGCGAUUUUUCAAAUUCCCUAUUUAUGUGUGAAACAGGUGUAAAAUUUACAUUUCUCGUGACAAAUACGCGCAAUUGUUCUUCUUCAUCUAAUUGCUGUUAAACGAAAAUGUCGUUGUGCGCUGUCAACGCUCCAAACGAAAAUUGUGCCAUCGCGUGUGCGUGUACGUGUGUGUUUGCUGUGUGUACGUGUGUGUGUGUGAGCGUUUAGUUUACGUUUGUUGUUGUUUUUUUUAUUUGGGCCUUUCUGCAUCGGCAUCCCAUAGGCAAAAGCCAAUUGAAGUUAAUUAAAAACGCUAGCUAAAUUUCGCUUUACAGCAAUGAGCAAUUAUCAACCGCACGCGUCGCUGUCGCACUUACAGCAGCUGCAGCACCAGCUCCAGCUACAACAACAACAACAACAACAGAGUCAUCAUCACCAUCAUCAUCAUUUGGCGCCCCAACAACAACAACAACAACAACAGCAGCAGCAGCAGCAGCAGCAUCGUCAUAAUCAUACGCCCACAACCAACCAAACGCAGUUGACGUCGACGUCGGCUGCUACUGCUGCUGCGGCGGUUGGCGCUUCUUCGAUUUUGUUGCCACAGCCACUGAUAAGCAAUUCGCUGGCCAUACGCCAGGAGAUACAGCGUUUUGAGAGCGUUCAUCCAUCGAUUUAUGCUAUUUACGAUUUAAUCGAUUUAUUGCCCAUGCCGGACGCACAGAUUGCCCAACAGAUACGCGAUCACGUCGUUUGCAUUGAAGAUUCUUUUGUAAACAGCCAGGAAUGGACAAUAUCACGUUCGGUGCCCGAUUUGCGGCUGGGCAUUGUUGGUUCAUUGAAUUCCGGUAAAUCGGCGCUGGUGCAUCGUUAUCUGACCGGCUCCUACAUGCAAGAGGAAUCGCCCGAGGGCGGACGCUUCAAGAAGGAGGUAUUCAUCGAUGGCCAAAGCUAUUUGUUGCUCAUACGCGACGAGGGCGGCGCACCGGAAAUGCAGUUCGCUGGCUGGGUGGAUGCGGUAAUCUUUGUGUUUAGCCUGGAGAACGAGGGCAGCUUCAACACCGUCUACAAUUACUAUACCAAAAUGGCGCACUUUCGCAAUGGCCAGGAUAUACCCAUGAUAUUGGUCGGCACACAGGAUGCCAUCAGCGAGCGUAAUCCGCGUGUUAUAGAUGACACUCGCGCCCGGAAAUUGGCAAACGAUUUGAAGCGUUGCUCCUACUACGAGACCUGCGCCACCUACGGCCUGAAUGUGGAGCGCGUCUUUCAGGAUGCCUGCCAGAAGAUAUUGUCGCAGCGACUGCCGUUGCCGGCAGCAAUGCAGCCACCGCGGCCCACAACCCCGCAGGGCUCCCGUCUGGGUCUGGCCACGUAUCAGGCGCCGACGAAUGGGCAACGGGCCCAGCAGCAGUUGCCGUUGCGCAUGAGCGCUGAUUUUGCCCAGGCGGAGCAGAAGCUUUGGUCGCUGCAGGCAAAUGCCACUGAGAACAACAACAUAACCAAAUAUAAUCCAGGAGCAGCAGCCUCAGCAGCACAGCAACAACAACAGCAACAGCAGCAGCAGCAACAACAGCAGCAGCAGCAACAACAACAGCAGCAACAAUUGUCGCUGCAGGGCGACUGCGCUCAGGUGCAGCUGCGUGAUCCACGGGAUUUGGCGCCGCCACCUGGCAAGGAGCUGCCGACGCCCACAUCAACGCCGACGACAAGCCGCAAGAGCAGGCGGCGCUCGAAUCUCUUUAUACCCUCCUCCUCGAAGAAGAGCGACAAGGAGCCAAAGAGCAGUGAAUUGGGCAGCGGUCGCUCGAUACCCAUCAAGCAGGGCUAUCUGUACAAGCGCUCCAGCAAAUCCCUGAACAAGGAAUGGAAAAAGAAAUAUGUGACGCUCUGCGACGAUGGCAGACUCACCUAUCAUCCGUCGCUGCACGACUACAUGGACGAUGUGCACGGCAAGGAGAUACCGCUGCAAUAUGUCACCGUCAAGGUGCCCGGCCAGAAGCCGCGCGGCUCCAAGUCGAUCAUCACGAACAGUGCGCUGACCAGCUCACUGCUGGCGAACGGACAGCGGGCACAGGGCACCUUGAGCGAGGGCAUUGGUUGCCUCACCCUGGCCAAGGACAAUCAGCGCAAGCUGAGCGAGAAACUCUCGUUGCUGGGCAGUGUGGCUGCUGGUGGCGCAGCUGAGCCACUGAAAUCGAAUAGCUCACAGCAGACCAGCGGUGACGAAGGCAUUGCCAUGUCCAAUUCGAACUCACAGACUUUUAUUGCUGGCGAGGCGCCGCCCAAUAAGUUGGAGGCCCAAACGCCAAAUGUGAAGAAGCGACAUCGUCGCAUGAAGAGCAGCAGCGUCAAGGCGAACGAGGCGGACGACAAUGAUGGCUAUGAGUUCUACAUUGUCUCUCUGGACUCCAAGCAGUGGCACUUUGAGGCCGCCAAUUCGGAGGAGCGCGAUGAAUGGGUCGCCGCCGUAGAGCAAGAGAUCUUCAAGAGUCUCCAGAGCAUCGAGAGCUGCAAAACGAAACCGGCAACCAGCACUGAACUGGCCGCCAUGGUGGCUAUCAGACAACGUGUACCCGGCAAUGGACACUGUGUCGACUGUGGUGCUCCAAAUCCCGAAUGGGCCAGUCUCAAUCUGGGCGUGCUUAUGUGCAUUGAGUGCUCCGGCAUCCAUCGCAAUCUCGGCUCGCACAUCUCCAAGGUGCGCUCCCUGGGCCUCGAUGAUUGGCCUGCGCCGCAUCUGAGCGUUAUGCUGGCCAUUGGCAACAGUUUGGCCAACUCUGUGUGGGAGUCGAAUACGCGCCAGCGCGUCAAGCCCAGCGCUUUGGCAAAUCAUGAGGAGAAGGAACGCUGGAUACGCAGCAAGUACGAGGGAAAGGAUUUUCUGACGCCACUGGGCAGCGGUAAUCAUGUGAAUGCCGCCUCACCCGGCCAGCAAUUAAUUGAGGCAGUAAUCAGGGCGGACAUCAAGUCGAUUGUGUGCAUACUGGCCAACUGUCAGGCGGAGGUGACCAAUGCCAAUGUGAGUGCCCGGGAUGUGCGCACUCCACUGCUGCUGGCCUGUGCCAUAGGCAAUCUGGCCAUAGCCCAGCUGCUCGUCUGGAACGGUGCAAAUAUUAAGCACACGGAUCAUGAGGGUCGAACCUGUUUGGCCUAUGCACGUGCCGCACAAUCUUUGGCCACGGCCAAGUCGAUGAAGGCCGCUGCUGCUUUGGCCGCCGGCACACCAACUCCAGCGCCGCCACCGCCGGCGCAGUCGGCCGCAGCUAAUGGUGGCAUACCGGCACCGCAGUACAAUGUGGAGGAUACGACGGCACUGGUCGAGCUGCUGGUGGGUUUGGGCUGUCCGGAAUCGGCGCCGUUAACGGCCAGUGGCACGCUGCCGAGGCGACGAGAUACGCUCGGCACACCCUAUGAGAAAUCUGUUUCGGGCGUUAUUUAAGAGGGCGCAUAGUUGAAUUUCAUAAGCUAAACACGCAAAAUUUUAUAUAAUAUUGUAAAAUGAAGCUAAAAUAUGGUUAAUAUGUUGUUCGUAAUUAGUUUAAAAAGUACGCGUAAAUUUCUUUCUGUGUAUAGCAAUCGUAUCGGGAAUGUUUUGAAUGACGCUUAGUUUUAUAGUUCUUAAAAUCGAAAAUGUGCAAAUUAUUCAUUUUGGCCAGCGCCGUAGAAAUUCACAAAAUUAAUUGUUGUUUUCUUUUAAAUUUAUAGAUUUUAGUUUUGUUUAGCUGAUAGGCACAAAAACUGUACAGUCUUGUUGUAAUCUCAAGUUUUUAAUUAAUUUAUUAUUUUUUUGUAAUAUUAUUACCAUUAUCAUUAAUUAUUAUUGUUUUUAAACUGUGUGCAGGUUUUUUUUAUGUCGUUUGCAAAACAACAAUUUAAGUAAUUAAUGUAUUUUGAUUUUUAUUUGAAAAGAGACCUCUCGUUUGUCAUCAGUAUAUAUAAACCAAUAUAAAAUACGCCUAAAAAUAGCUGAUGAAAAAAAUAUAUACGUAUAAACAUAGUGAAUCUAAGACUAAAGCCAAAAACAACUUAUUACACUAUAUCUAUAUAAAAAGAAAUAAAAAAAAGGAAGAUAUUUAUAAAUAAAGUUGAAAUUGCUUGAUAAUCGGUAAAAACACGCUUAACUUGUAGUUUAUGCAAAAACCAAACAAAAACACACAAACUUUGCUAUUAAAAUUCCAAAACAAAAUUAAACGUUUGUUGGCAAUACGAAAACACGUCAGUGGAUUGUAUUAUAACCAGAAGUUAAAAGGAAAUGACAAAAUAUAUAUGAUAUACUAUGUAUGUAGCAAACACUUGAAAGUAUUUCAAACCAAUUAUACAUUAUAGUUAUAUAAAUCUAUAUAUUAAAUGAUAUAUAUGUAUACACCCCUUUAUUGUGUACGCUAUUUGUACAAUUUCAAACAUAAACACAACAACAGAACGUGACAAAACUCAAUCUAAUUGGAUAACAAGGCAACAGGCACAAAAAACACGAAAAAAAACACAAG